GUGUUACGUGAGAGGAGAAGGGAAAACGCACUCGUAAGAUCGUCGGUCAUAAAGCUGGAUUGUAGUUGAAUCUAUGCCUGGUUGUCCACAACGCGUUUCCGCAUAAAGCUAUUUAUUCGUGUAUAAAACCGCAUAUAAAGUAAAUAACUGACAUCAUAGAGAAUAAUUAAUUAGGAUAGAUCGAGAAGAAUUUGUCGAAUGAAGAUAACUACCAACUAUAAAAUUGUAAUACAAUUGUCAUAUAUAUAGAUUUUAUUUAUUUGGCAAACGGAUUUGAAAUUCCCGCCAAAGUAAACGUGACGCAAAAUUGCAUAGCAAGACAUAUGGACCAAAGUGGGGGAGAAAGCGAGGCCCAGUAUAAAACAAACUUUAUUUAGUCAAGGACGAGAAUGUCAGGAUGGACAAAGAAACCUGGAGAUAUCUAUCUGUUAAGAGGAUAUCAACAGUCUUCGCAAAAUGAUAAGAAACAAGAGGAUGGGAUAACAUCUGAAAUUAGACCAUCUUUGGAGGGUUCUAAUGCCACGAUACAAUAUACCAAUAAUCCUUACACGCAGCAACCACCGUACAAUCCAUUUUACAAAUCGAACGAGAAAGUCAUUGACGAAAUAAAACUUAUCGAGGAAGAUGUUACAAAAAGAAAACGAAAUACAAAAUGCACACUAGGUAAUUGUAUAACAUGUUGUAUCUUCUUCGUUAUUGCAAUUAUCAUCAUAUUGGUCUUCCUUUUAUAUUUUGUCACAAAAAAUCCAAAAAUUGCGCAAAUUUUAUGUAAUCUAGCAAAUAAGACUAACAGUUUGCAGGAAAAUUAAGAGAGAUCUUGAUGCAAACAAUAUCUAAGAUAUUGUCAAAAAAUUGAUCAAUUCAUCAACGAACUUAGAAUUUGGUUAUCAAAUGAAUAUAUCAAACAGAGUAUAAUUAUUUGAAAAUA